AUGGCGGCCAGUGGUUAUACAAGCACUCUGGACAGAAUGAAUUUUCUCUCCUUCCUCCUCCUUUGCUUGACUUCGGUUGCCAAUGGCAACAAAGCCAAUAAGCACAAGCCAUGGAUCGAGACAGAGUACCAGGGGAUUGUCAUGGAGAACGACAACACCGUGCUGCUCAAUCCCCCACUCUUUGCCCUGGACAAAGAUGCCCCACUUCACUACGCUGGCGAAAUCUGUGGCUUCCGGGUUCAUAACGGCCCCUCGGGCUCAGGCUCGGUCCAGUUUGAAGCGGUGGUUCUGGACCGCUCCACUGGCGAGGGUCUGGUCCGGUCCAAGGAGCCGCUGGACUGCGAGAGCCAGCGGGAGCACAGCUUCACCAUCCAGGCUUACGACUGCGGAGAGGGGCCCGAUGGAGUCAACAGCAAGAAAUCUCACAAGGCCACCGUGCACGUUCGUGUGAACGACGUCAAUGAGUUCUCCCCUGUGUUCGUUGAUCGUCGCUACGAGGCUUCGGUCCCAGAAGGGCGUCUGUUUGACCGAAUCGUGCGCGUGGAGGCUCUGGAUGCCGAUUGCUCCCCGCAGUACAGCCAGAUUUGCUUCUAUGACAUCAUCACUCCCAAUGUGCCCUUCGCUAUCGACAACGAUGGUAACAUUAAGAACACAGAGCCGUUGGAUUCGAAGCAUCAGCGUGUUCACACCUUCUGGGUGACCGCUUUCGACUGUGGAAAGAACCGUGCUCAGGCUGACGCCCAGGUUGUUGUCACGGUCAAGCCGUCCUGCAAACCCGGAUGGAUCGGAUGGACCAAGCGUGUAGAGUACACACCCGGGUCAGGUAGCAUCCCCCUGUUCCCAAGUUUGCAUUUGGAGACCUGUGAGGAGACUGUGUGGAACAUCCAGGCCACCGUAGAGCUCCAGACCGGCCACAUCGGGAAGGGCUGUGACAGAGACAGCUACUCUGACAGAUCUGUGCGCCGACUGUGCGGUGCUGUCAGGGGUGAAGUAGACCUUCUCCCACCUCCAUCUCCUGCAGCCAACUGGACCUCAGCUCUGCCCACCCUCCCCUCUUCUGAUUCAUCUCUGGUCUUCUCCUUCAAUGGAUCCAACCAUGUUGCUGUGGUGCCGGAUUUGGUUGUCUCGGCAUUGUCAGGCGACCACUUCACCCUGCAGCUGUGGAUGCGAAGGGGUGGCGCCAACAUCCAGCCUGCGACCACUCAGACCAGAGGAAAUCGCAAAGAGGAGGAGACCAUCGUGUGCAGCACUGUCAAGAACGAUGACUCCUUCUCCCACUACUCCCUCUCCGUCCACGGCUGCCGCCUCUCUCUCUUCUACUGGCCCGACGUCUCAGCCGCGCGGCCUGUGAAGUUCUUGUGGAAACUGGAGCAGGUGUGUGACAGUGAGUGGCAUCAUCUCUCACUCAGUGUCCAGUUCCCCUCAGUGACCCUGUAUGUGGAUGGUGUGACCUUCGACCCUGCCCUCAUCCAUGACAAUGGAGCCAUCCCCAACCCUGCCCCCCGCCAGAGGAUGUUCAUCGGCGGCUGCUGGGAGCCUGAAGAGAAGCAGAAGGAGAUACUAAACAACACCAUCCCAGAGGGUAAAGACUCAGUGAAGUAUGUAGGAGGUUACCAUGGCCUGUUGUCUGGGGUGACGGUGCGACCCGGCAGCGUGGAGCCUCACAGUGUGGUGGAGUGUCUGUACGCCUGCAGGGAGGGGUUGGACUUUGGAGACCUGGAGACUCUGGGAUCUGGCAUGAAGGUUCAUGUGAACCCCAGCCAGUCAGUGUUAGUGCUGGAAGGAGACGACAUUGAGAGCUUUAACCGUGCAGUGCAGCAGGUCACCUACAGAAACUCUCUACGCUUCGCCACCCCUGGAGUCCGACCCCUCAAACUCACCACCUCACUCAGAUGUUUCAACGAGGAGAGCUGCCUGUCCCUCAAACAGCUGGAGGGCUACCUGGUGGUUCUCCAGCCUGACGCCCCUCAGAUCUCUCUGUCUGGGGUCGGCCCUCAUCUGGCUCGUCCUGCCCCUGAGUUUGAAGGUCCCCGUGGUGUCGCCCUUUUCCCCGAGCUCCGGAUCGUCUGUUCCCUGUCUCACGCUGUCAACACAGCUGCACAGGGGAUGGAGGGUGGAGCUCUGAUGUCCGACGCCGUGGCUCACACCUUGGACGGCUGUGAAGUCCAGCCGCUGGGGGAGGAGCUAAACCCAGACAGGGAAGAGCUUCUGGUGGACAUGGAUGUUGUGCGAGAGAGAGGACUGGAAAUCAUCAAUACUACUGCUUAUAUUGCCAUCACAGGGGCCGAAUCCAUCUCUGUGUACGAGGACGUCCUCCGCUCUGUCCGCUACCGGCUGGCCAAAGGCUCGGCCCGCUUUGAGAGGCGUUUCCGCCUGUCCUGCUCUGAGAUGAAUGGCAGAUACACCAGUAACGAGUUGACUCUGGAGGUAAACUUCCUCCACUCUCUGGACAGUCUGUACCACCCGUCCCACCUGCUGGCCUCCCAGCAGCAGUUUCUCCAUCCAUCCCACCAUUCUGGAGAGUUGAGUGGACACACCCUGCCCAAUCCACACCGCAACUCAGUGGUACCUGGAGCAGCUACCGUCAUCAUAAUGGUGUGUGUGGGUUUCCUGGUGGUCAUGGUGAUCCUGGGCGUUUUCAGAAUUCGCUCCAUCCAUCGCCGUGGUGAAGGCGCCAGGGGUGGGGCAAAGGAGGGUAGCAGCCAAUGGGACGACUCUGCCCUCACCAUCAUCGUCAACCCAAUGGAGUCCUACGAGUCUCGUAUGGGCAUCUGUGCUGACAACGAAGGGGAGGGGGAGGAGGAUGAGGAGGUAGCAGAGUCACCUGAUGACACAAGCGACGACCAGCGAAUCAUCAUCAAGAAAGAGGGGAGAGACGGCAACGCUCGUCGGUACUGAGCCACAUGUAUCUCCGCACCAGUUCUCAUGGAAACCGCAAACCGGCUCACCAGUCACACACUCCAACACUUUUAAUAUCAACGACCGCUGACACCACUAGUAUAAGGAAUGUAUGCUUACAAACACUACGCACAACACAGUCACUGUAAUACUCUUGACACUCGACGCCAUAUGUGACCUAUAGCCAACGAUGGGCUGUUGUUCUCCACCUAAAUGUUCAAUGGCACAAUGUAUACAGUUAAUAUAAUUUAACCGCCUGAGCGAACCCCACCAAAAUUGUAUGUGGUGCACCAGUUCUAAAUCACACAAUGGUCAUGUGUCUGUAUAGUGUAAUAUUGGUUGAAUGAGAUUUCUUUGUUUGUUUGUUUUUUUUAAAAAAAAGAUUGUAUUCUAUCUUUUAUUAUCGAACACAGAAUGAAAUCUUACAAAAUUCAAACAGGAACAAUCCGCAACAUGCAGGCAAAGACACGAGCCUUGAUCCCGACAUGUCUCUGCACUUCUUUAUUAGACUGGCUCGAGAAGUCUGUGCACAAGCUCUUUUCUCCCCCUUUGCAUCCUCUCUCGAUACAUUCCACGACCACCGUUACCCGCAGAGUGAAGACAGUGAGGUCAGACAUUGCGGUCACUCUCCAACUUGUUCACAAAACCUAAAAAAAAGCUGAUAUGCUCGCAGGUAUUUUUCUUUUAGCAUUGUGACUACUUUAGUGCUUCAGCUCCUGACUAUAAUUUAUGUGGGGCUGUGGGUAGGAUUUGAGGACUAUCCGCAAUAAACCUCAUCCUUUACACAAAUUGGUACUUCUGCAAUACUCCAACAUUACAGAGUAAAAUCCUCCUGGUGUUGAGUACAUGCUGUGUCAGUGUGGUUUCUGGUUAAAACUGGAGUCUUUGCAAAGUUUCAGCUUGUGCCACUAAAUGACAAAACAUCACCGUCUACACCCCUCCAGUGACCGCUGAAUGUCUCUUAAUGACUCUCACUGCACUGUUUCACUCGCUGCACACUGCUCUUACCAUAACUGCAAGACAUCACAGGCAAACACACACAAAAACACAGACGCACACUCCAUAAUGCUACCCCUGCUGUCUCCAGAAUGUCAGCUCAGCUUGGGCAGUUUUGAUUGUAUUGAUUGUAAUGAAUUUUCUGUACAUACAAUGCUGAAUAUUAUAAUAUUAUUGUUAUUACUAUUAUUAUUAC